UCUGAAUCGAAUGUCAUGGACCUCGUGUUGAGGAUCUCAGUUCCCCUAUUUUGUGUGAUCUGGUUCACUAGCUUGUCGCGAUGAACGAGGGUUCUAGGCCGUGUCAGGCCGCGGGGUCUGUGUUAGAACGCAUGGGCACCCUAACUUCAGGAUGUUCUACAUCCAGCAUGCGCGAUUCUAGUUCUGGAGAUGCCUCAUCCGAGCCGAUCAUGCUGCCAUCCAUCGUGGGGGAUUUCGACUCGGGCUACAACCGACUGGGGAACUUUGAAGUCCGUUCAAAUGCACACGUUCUUCGAGAUCCCGCCGAACCAUCAACGGUUUCUAGUGGUGCAUGCCGGGGGAGGGAUAUAACUGGUUUUGCCGCGUCGGAUCGGCGAUCAGAUCACCAUGGGACUGGAAAUCACAUACCAGAAUCUAAUAGCACUUUGAACAGCAGACAACUGCGCCUGGGUCAUUCGUUCUUCAAACGCACUUUGCACAAACCUGCUUGUUGCCACCACUGUGGCGAAGUCAUCUGGGGUCUGAUUAGUACUGGAUUUCAAUGUGAAUCCAAUUCCUGCCAUUUUCCGAUGUAUAUAACCGCAUUAUUUAGCGACAAAAAAAGACCUGUUCCUGUGCUCGACUUUGGCUUCUUCCUUACGCGAGUUGACGGGUUACCUCCGGACGACACAACAACCUUGGCGACGGAUUGUGUGGACAAAAUGGCAAUUUCAUUCGAACAAAUGCAGCAACUCCUCCAAAUCCAACAGAAACAAUUUGAAGAAUCCCAGAAACAGCUGAUUGAAAUGCUUUCAAAAAAAUUGAACCUCAAGUCCGAAACCGCUGUGGACAAGAAUCAGCCAUCAGUUGAUGCCAUUGCUGCUUCCAUAUCCGAAUUCGCUUUCGAUGGUUUAUCAGGAGUGACAUUUGAAUCGUGGUUCCAGAAGUAUGAAGACAUCUUCCGAGUAGAGUUGGCAAAUCAAGAUGAUUCUUGGAAAGUUCGUCUCCUGCUGAGAAAACUCGAUGCAGUGGAACACGAACGAUACUCGAAUUUUGUGCUGCCGAAAAACCCACGUGAAUUUUCGUUCGAUGAAACUGUCCGGACCCUGACCCAAAUUUUCGGAGAACAGGCAUCUCUAUUCAGCAUCCGAUAUAAUUGCCUGAAGCUCACAAAGUGUGACUCCCAUGAUUUCGUCACACAUGCCGGGAUAGUAAACAAGGAGUGUGAGCGUUUCAAGUUGGCUACCAUGACACCAGACCAACUGAAAAGUCUCGUUUCCACACGUCCCAUUGUUGGUCCGAUCCGGUUCAUUUCAAACGGAAGUUUUGCAACGUGUGCCGGAAGCGACUUGAAGAUACCAUGUCCGUACGAUGUGAAGUUUCCACCACCCCAAACACACCAUUGGAGAGAAGGAAACUUGCCACCGAAUUCGAAAUGCGCUCAUUGCCGGAAGACCUGUUGGUCAUCUGAAUGUCUGACUGGUUAUCGUUGUCAGUGGUGCGGCCUGACGGCACAUGCAUCUUGUGUGCCUCAACUGAGCGACAAAUGUGACUUCGGCCCACUGCGUGAUAUUAUGUUACCAGCACAAUGCGUCAGUCUUCCACGACCGACUACCCCCAUUGAACACAUCAUUGGCAUCACCAAGCGACCUCGAUCUCGGACGCUAUCUGAGGAAUGGUCCAGCAGUGGAGAUAGCAAGGAAGAUAGUUGGCAAGACCACCGAUCACCGAGGGAGACGGUCGAUUUAGCAAGCAGCGAUGAGUAUGUGUGCGUGUUCGAUGGAAUCGGUGGUCUCAGAAGACACAGUUGGCGUAGUUUCACCUUUUCGAAAACGAUGUCUACCUAUUCCGUGGUGAAACGAUGCCUGAAGGCCUUCCACUUAGCUGGUACGCCGGAGAUCUUCAAUGUAUAUGAGGUCAACGAUCGCGACGGACGUGAAAACAAGUUGAACACGAAUGUGAAUUUUCGCAGUCAACUUCUGUUUGAUGCGAAACAGCCCUCCAUCGUUUUGCGUGUGAAAGAACCAGAAGAAACGGAAAUGUUGAUCAAAGUAUACGCAGGGGAUUUGAGAAACAUUCUUCCUCCAAAUGCAUCGGAUUACGAGGAAGUUUGGAUUGACCCAAGUACAACUAGUGCUGACUGUCUGAACACAGCGUUGGAGAAGUUUGGCUGUGGGCACCUCGGAUCCGACGACUGUUAUUUGAGCAGCGUAUGUAUGGACCGACAAGUUUACGAACGAAGGCUGGCUGACGAUGAACUACUCGUUCCGUUCUUUAGCCAACUUCGUCAAGAAUCUGCUCGCACCUCCCAACUCACUCGUCUAGAGCUGCGCUUCGUUGUGGACGAUGCUGCCGGGUCGCAUGCGGUUUCUUUGUUUGUGGGAAAUUUAAAGGAGAAUCUCUCACAACGACUGUACGAAUGCAUAUUGUUGGAGAAAUUGGGCGAGGAAUAUCGGUGGGAUACGAUUGAUGCCAUAUAUUACGAGAGUGGCUGUCUGGUGCUUACCUACAGAGCGAGUGAGAAGGCGGAGCGAGCGUACGACUUGUUGAAGGAUGCUAUGUUGAUGGACAAGCAGCUGACCGCAUUGUUGCUGCCCACAAUACACCCGAGGCAUCUUCCAGAGGGAGUACAACCACUUCUGGUCUUUGUCAAUCUCAAAUCUGGUGGCUGUCAGGGUCUGGAUUUGAUUGUUGCGUUUCGCCGUCUACUUAAUCCCUUCCAGGUGUUCAACUUGGACUACGGUGGUCCCCUCCCCGGGCUCUACUGCUUUCGACACUUGUCUUCGUACAAAAUCCUUAUAUGUGGCGGAGAUGGAACCGUUGGCUGGACCUUGUCCUGUUUGGAUAUUGUCGGCCAGGAUGCCGCGUGCAAUUCUCCACCGAUCGCUCCAUUACCGCUAGGUACUGGGAACGAUUUGGCUCGAGUACUGAGGUGGGGUUCUGGCUACUCCUCCACGGAAGACCCGUUGAGCAUACUAAAAGAUGUGGUUGCGGCGGAGGAGGUCCAAUUAGAUCGCGCUUGUUUGUCGUCGUCAUUAUCAUCACUGUCUCUAGGCCACUCCUUUAUGGUCUUAAACCUACAAUCAACCUUUUUUCCUGUCCCACCUCUGUCCCCACUGAGCAGUUGGACAUUUGUUGUUCGGCCUGCUGAGGAGUUCAAAGACGAGACCAAGUUGGCACUGGAAACCCAAAACAAUGCACCCACAACAAACGAGGAGAAUUCAAUCAUGAUCAUCAUGAACAGCUAUUUUGGCAUAGGCAUCGAUGCCGAUCUCUCAUUGGAUUUUCACAAUGCACGAUCGGAAAAUCCGUCUAAGUUUAAUAGUCGGAUCCACAACAAAGGUGUAUAUUUCAAAAUCGGCCUGCGCAAGAUGAUGAACCGAACCGCCUGCAAAGAUUUACACAAACAAAUUGUUGUCGUAGCCGACGGAAAGCUUCUCACUCUGCCUCCAAUCGAGGGCCUCAUCGUGCUCAACAUUCACUCUUGGGGUGGUGGAGCCAAUCCUUGGGGUCUGGAGAAAGACGACGUGUUCAACAAACCGACUCAUUAUGAUGGCUUGCUGGAAGUGGUGGGCAUUUCUGGCGUCGUCCACAUGGGACAGAUAUACUCUGGCCUAGGUUCUGGAAUUCGACUGGCCCAGGCUGGUCAUGCGAUUAUGCUACGGAAGGUCAAACGCAUCAAACGGCGUACAGUGGAAGCCAACCUACCCAUGGAACUUAGUCGCCUUGGGAUCCAGCGACAAUUACAACCAGAAUCAUUAGAGACAAUCAGUGCGGAUCACCGAUCGUCGUCUCCCUCGCCGAGAUCACCCUCAUUGUCUUCUCUGACCCAGUUGGGGAACGAAACCAACUGGACGAAUGCUACCUCAACUGCGCUGGCAGGGAUGAUUCAUCAACCUGCGACGCCCUCACAACCAACCCAGUCCACGUCGUCGGCGGCUAGGCAACCUGUACUGCCCCAACUUCCACCUUGCCUGUUUUCCGGUGACGAUGUAGAAAUCCCUGUUGUGCACAUCACUCCCAUUCAUCGCGGGCAAAAAUUCGAUCGUGAUGGCUACCCCAAAUGAACCUGUUUAUCCAGGUGGCUGAUAGUGUGAUAGGGGAGGUGCUUUAUACAAUAUACGGUAGUCCUUUGUCCAUAUUAUCGCCCUACGCCCAUUCAAAUCAUGCACCCGUUAUGUGUCAAAAUCACCGCGGAUUACUUUGUCGUUAUUUCCUGUAUUAUACGCAUUCUUACUUGCGAUGGUUUAAAGAGAACUAUAUGAUCGUGC